AUGCUGGGAAUCAAUGUUCAACCAGACUGGCAAAAAGCCAGAGUGGGGCUCAUGAGACGAUUUGGGUAUGUUUUGAUCGGAGGUAGAGAAUGCAUAGGAUGCAUCAAUCCAGCAAAUAAUAAGGAAGUGGUAUACUUGAGCCAUGCAAUGUUGGACACUUGGGCUCAAGACGGGGCGAUGCAUAAGCACUGUGCUACUGAGUUCCUACCACCCACUGGACGAACUGAAUUUCAAUGGAUUCCAAUCCACCCUAAACCCGGUCAACGAUUGGAAUACACUGCUGACACAGUUCAAUCAACCUCACAGAUUCCUGACAAUUGGCCUGAGUUUGAAGAUUAUCUCAAAUGGGCUAAGAUUUUGCUCAAUGAUCAAGCGCCCCAAGACCUUCUCACCAAAUGCGACAUUGUUGACCUCAAAGCAUUCCUCUCUCCCUCAUUGGAUGUUCCUACCCUUGAGAGGUUGGAAUUUGCAUUUGGAACUGCGGUCUGUCUACAUGAUAGUGCACCAUCAUAUCAAACUGACCUCAAGGAGUUCAAGGCGAUGCAAAUGGCCUAUCUUGACAAAAUAAAAGAUAAAUGA